AUGAGAGGUGAUGUGGUGAAUGAAGAUAGUGUUGGCAUAGAGGAUCCAGGGGGAGGUGGACUCCAUUCAGCUCAGCCAACUGCUGAAAAUGCUAUUAGAUUACAUGAUAUUGUUUCCCAUUAUGCUGGAAAUAUAGACAGUCAUUUGGAGGAUAAAGAGAAUUGUCACAUUAAUGAGGAUGACCUGGAGGAGUCCGUUGAGCAGAAGCUUGAGCAGGUUUUAAAGGCAGUCCUUUUACAUGGUGGAAUGGCAGGGCUGGGGAUGAUUGUAUAUUUGAAAGAUUGGACAAAAUGUUCUUUAACCCACAUUUUCAACAAUGGUUUGGUCACAUUGAAGUGGAGCAUUUAUCAAGGAUUGGAUCUGAUCAUGCCCUACUUCUUAUCACUUUGGAAGAUCAAGAUAGUUAAAGGGGCUUUAUCUGCUUGGAGUAGACUGGCUUUUGGAGAUAUCUUCAAACAACUUAUCAUCAAGGAAGAUAUAGUGAGAAUCAAGGAACAACUGUUUGAAGAUGAUCCUUCUGCAGAAAAUAGAGUAGUCUUGCAGCUUGCUCAGGCUGAACUGAAAAAGUAUUUACAUUAUGAGGAAGAGUUUUGGAGACAAAAAGCAGGUUACACUUGGUUCUCUGAAGGUGAUAGAAACACCAGGUUUUUUCACAAUUUAGUAAAUGGAAGGAGAAAAAGGUUACAGGUGAAUAGAAUUCAAAUUUCUGAUGGUGAGUGGAUAGAAGAUAAGGAGCAACUUGCAGCAGAAGAAGUUGACUUCUUUCAACAACAAUUCACUCAAGAGAAGGGGGCUCUAGAUUUUGGGAUGCUGAUGCAUAUUCCACAGAUGGUCUCUUCUGAAAGCAAUGAUUUGCUUUGUGCAUUUCCAUCCCUGGAAGAAGUAAAGAGUGCUGUUUUUGAACUUAAAGGAGAGAGUGCUUAUGGUCCUGAUGGAUUAUCAGGAACUUUCUUUCAUUCAUGUUGGGACAUUGUAGGAAUGGAUGUAUUCAGAAUGGUUCAGGCUUUAUAUGAAGGUCAUACUCUCCCAAAAUCAGUAACUCAUACUAAUUUGGUGUUGAUCCCUAAGAAAUCAGAAGUUCACACUUUUGGGGAUCUCAGACUAAUUAGCUUGAGUAACUUCAUAAACAAGGUCAUUUCAAGAGUGGUUCAUGGAAGACUGGAUAAAAUUCUACCAAGUUUGAUCUCUAGCAACCAGUCUAGUUUUGUGAAGGGAAGAAGCAUUAUUGAGAAUGUGUUGCUUACUCAAGAAAUUGUCACAGAUAUUAGAAAUAGAGGUAAACCUGCAAAUGUGGUAAUUAAGUUAGAUAUGGAUAAGGCAUAUGAUAGAGUGUCCUGGCUAUAUUUAACUAGGGUGCUGAGAAGAAUGGGAUUUGCAGAAAAUUUUAUGGAUCAGAUAUGGAGGUUGUUAGCAAAUAACUGGUAUUCAGUUUUGUCGAAUGGCCAAUCUUAUGGUUUUUUCCACUUCACAAGGGGUGUGAAGCAAGGUGAUCCAUUGUCACCUGCUCUAUUUAUACUUUCAGCAGAAGUGUUUUCUAGAGCACUUAACUUUUUAUUUCAGCACGAUCAGUAUAAGUGCUUUGGUAUGCCUAAAUGGAGUGUAAACCUCAAUCAUCUUGCUUAUGCAGAUGAUAACAUCAUCUUUGCAUCAGCUGAUAAAUUAUCAUUGGAACUGACUAUGAAAGUUUUGAGAGAUUAUGAAAAGUUGUCAGGUCAAUUGAUAAAUAGAGAGAAAAGUUUCUUUUACAUGCAUCAGAAGUCAGCAAUACAGUUAUGUCAAGAAGUUGAAAAAAGGAAAGUUUAUUAUAAUGAUCUCAUUAAGAGAGUGAAAGAUAGGCUGCAGAACUGGAAAGAAAGGUUGUUAUCAUUUGGAGGGAAGGCAGUUCUUAUCAACAGUGUUUUACAAAGUAUGCCAAUGUACCUUCUUUCUGCAAUGGCACCUACUAAGUACACACUAAAUGAACUGCAUAAAAUCUUUGCAAGAUUUUAUUGGAGUAAUAAGGAAGAAGGCAAGAGUAGACACUGGUCAGCCUGGCUGAAAGUGUGUGUUCCUAAACAGGAGGGAGGAUUGGGAUUUAGGUCCCUUCUUGAUGUAUCAAAAACUUUAUUCACUAAGCUAUGGUGGAGAUUCAGAACUUCUAGUACUCUGUGGUCAACAUUCAUGUGGAAUAAGUACUGUAAGAAACAUUUUCCAGCUAGGGUUGAAUGGAAAGGAGGCUCACAAUUAUGGAAGAAGAUGCUAGAAUCUAGAGAUGCUAUAGAAGGGGAGAUCUGGUGGGAACCAAGAAAUGGCUCUGCUAACAUUUGGUUUGAAAACUGGACUAAACUUGGUCCUCUUUCCCAGCUUAUGCCAGCUAAUUUCCCUAUGGAUGACAUAAUUCAGGAGGUUGUAGAUGUUAUGGAGAAUGGGACUUGGAAUUAUCAGACAUCACAACAAAUUGUGCCAGAAGAUAUUGUUGAUCAUAUAAGAAAGGAGAUGCACAUUGAAACUCCCUCAGAAAAUAUGGAUAAGGCUUGGUGGAUGCUCACUAGUAGUGGUAAGUACACUAAAUUACCUGUUGAUGAUGUACUUGCAAAGAUGGGGAUAGCUAUUGUAUCUACAUAUAGGUGUUGUUCUCAGCCCCACCAAGAAACAAUGAACCAUAUGUUUGUCACAGGUCGAUAUGCUGCAGAUAUGGAAGAUGUUCUCAGUAGCAGCAGGGGAAAUCUUGGUCCUAGUGCAUCUGCAUUUUGUGUGAGAAAUCAUGAAGGAGAGUUCAUUCAUGCUACUGCUAGCAGGAUUGCAGAUACAACUUGUCUAUGUGCAGAGGCAAAAGCAAUGCAUGAUGGCAUUAUAUUUUGUGUAACACAGCAGCAUUUACCACUGAUUUUGGAGACUGAUUCACUUGGUUUAAUGAAGAUAGCAGAAGGGGAAUGGGAAGUUCCAUAG